GCGCUCGGUCCCGCGAUGGCGACUGUCCCUGGCCGCUAUCGCGGGACCGAGCGCCGCCAGCGGCUGCCCCCCUGUUACGGUCUCCACGCAUGCGCAUGCCUCCACUAUCGCGUCGGCUUCCGGGUCAGCGGUCGUUCGUAUUGCCCUCCCCGUCCCGCCAUGGAGGCCGGGCAGGGUCCUGGCGGCGGGGAGGUCGGCGACUCGGCCGAGAGGGAAGUACCUAAGCCUUAUGUGCCGACAGAGGAGGAAAGAAGACUCCUCAAGGAAUGUGCUGAAGAGAGUGCCCGGUAUAGAGCUUUUCCUUUGGCUGCAGUGAGCAUGCUUGCUACUAGUUUCUUAAUUAGAAAAGGUGUUCUAAGAGAUAGCUCAAGAUUUGGCUCUUUUACGAAAGUUGCAUUUGCUGGAAUGUGUGGAUACCUGGCUGGAAAGAUAUCCUACUUGCCAAUCUGUAGCGAGAAAUUUAAGAAACUGAAGGAUUCCCCAAUAGGAGAUGUUCUACGACAAGCUCAGAGACAUAGUUCACAUAACCGUUCCAGUCGGAAAUCUGAAUUUUCAGACAUGCCUUCUCAGUCAUUUACUGAAUCUUCUUCUCCAAGAGCUGGCUUCCCACUUUCUUCUACCUAUUCAGAUGAUUAUAGUUCAACAGAUAGAGCCCUCUCAAGCUAUGAACCCGUUCCAUUCAGUGCUUCCCUGAAUGAAUCUUCACCCACAGGAAUUACUGAUUACACUGUGCAAGAUCCUGCUCCAGUUCCAGAAGAAAGUCGUAAAAAAAAAGGCAUCACAUACGAGGAAUUAAGGAAUAAACACAGAGAGACAUAUGAGGUAAUGCUACCACCAAAGGCAGAAACUCCAAGCAAGUUUUCACAGGAAAAGCCAGUUAAGGAAGUUAAAGUAAAUAAAUACGGAGAUACCUGGGAUGAGUAAGAGCUGAAUGAAGAACCGAAGAGAAUUACCUCCUGUCAGCUAACUUGAACUUCAUCUAGAUUAGUCACAAGUAUCAGCACUUUUGGUGUGUUCUGCCAGGCACAGCUAUUAAGAAAUGAGGAGAAAAUCCUGACUUGCAAAAAGAUUUUUUUAAAAAAAAGUAAUUAGGCUUAAUUUUUUUUAAUUUUGCAUAAAUGGCAAGCGAGGUUAUUGUGAGGUGUCAUGACUGUAAACCAUUUGUGCUGUUGUUUAAGAAUGAGAAGGAUAACUGGCAAUAACUACUACAAAUGUAUCGCAAAAGGUAAAAAAUAUAUGUAAAUAAAUGUGAUCACGUGUAUUGGGAAGGGAAAAAUAUCAGAAUCUUCUCAAAUUUUCAAGACUUGCAUUAAAAGUUACCUGUAGAACUCA